AUGGAUAGCAAGCCUCGUGCUAAGGGUUUUCGGCUGGACAGCACCUGCGAUAGCAACAAUCGAUGUAGCGAAAAGAGACUGGACUGCAUGACAGGCAAAACAGUCCCGAUAGCUACCUCUACAGUCGCUUCCGAAGACUUGAUUGAAAUGGCUGGUUUCCAGCGACCUGUCGGGUUGAAUAGCCUGCUGUCUAUCGCUGCCGGUCAAGGCGCAUUCAUCUUAUGUUUCAGGGGCGACAUGCCUAUCUUCUCUCAUCACCACAACUUUGCCUACGCUCUGCUCACCAACGCCAUGUGUUGGUCAGUCGUAUGGUGCAUGUCGUCCCUUGACCGCGCGAUGCUGGAGGAUAAAGAGUCUUGCAAGCAUCUUGGAAACAUGCACACAAUCAUGCGCUCGAUCACUGGAAUGUUCUGCAUCGCUUUUCUUCUUUCUUCCAUCUGCCGUAGCUAUGUCGGUCUCGCGGUAACAGUAGGCGUGUCUAUGGUAGAAGCUCGUAUUCUUGUUGUUACAUGUUUUGCUCUUAACCGCGUCAAGAUUGACACUUUGCUCCCAUUGGAUGUGUAG